AGCCCCGGCAAAGAAAACUCUUGGAAAGCUCGGAGCAGGAGGAGCCGGGAGCCGGACGGCCGCCGAUCUCGCUGUCCUGGCGCUGCGAUUGUGUGGCCCCUAGAACUGGAGACGUUGUUGCAACUGUGAAGGAACUAAAUUCGAUUUUGUAGGAGCCUUAUUUUUUCGUUUGUUUGUUGGUAGAGGUUCUCGUUUUCCUCCACCCCCUCCUUCACUCUCCCGAUCGUUUUUUUUCUUGGGGAUAAAGGGGGAUACACAAGGGGGGAAAAAAGUAAAGGAAUAUGAUUGCUUCGUGGUUGACUUUCGCCUUUCUUUGUGGAACUUUCUGUGCAGGGCCAGGUCAUGGGGAGGCAGAGACGAGAGAAUGCAUCUACUACAAUGCCAACUGGGAGCUAGAGAAGACCAAUCAGAGCGGCGUGGAACGCUGUGAAGGAGAGAAGGACAAACGGCUCCAUUGCUAUGCUUCUUGGAGAAACAACUCUGGCUCCAUUGAGUUGGUGAAGAAAGGCUGCUGGUUAGAUGACUUCAACUGCUAUGACAGGCAAGAAUGUGUAGCCACAGAAGAGAACCCUCAAGUGUUUUUCUGCUGCUGUGAGGGGAACUAUUGCAAUGAGAAAUUUACGCACUUACCUGAAGUAACUGGUCCAGAAGUAAUAUACGAGCCGCCACCACCAACGCCCUCACUACUCAACAUUCUGGUUUACUCUCUGCUUCCAAUUGCUGUUCUGUCAAUGGCCAUUCUCUUGGCCUUCUGGAUGUACCGUCACCGAAAGCCCCCCUAUGGGCACGUUGACAUUAACGAGGAUCCUGGUCCACCACCCCCUUCUCCAUUGAUUGGCCUUAAGCCAUUGCAAUUAUUGGAGAUCAAAGCUAGGGGGCGCUUUGGCUGUGUCUGGAAGGCUCAGCUGAUGAAUGACUAUGUAGCAGUGAAAAUCUUCCCCAUACAGGAUAAACAAUCCUGGCAGAGUGAGAGAGAAAUCUUCAACACCCCUGGCAUGAAGCACGAAAACCUUUUGCAGUUUAUUGCAGCAGAGAAGCGAGGAACAAACUUGGAGAUGGAGCUAUGGCUGAUCACAGCUUUCCAUGACAAGGGCUCUCUGACAGAUUACCUGAAGGGGAAUAUUAUCAGCUGGAAUGAACUCUGCCAUGUUGCAGAAACGAUGGCCCAUGGACUGUCCUACCUACAUGAAGAUGUCCCCUGGUGCAGAGGGGAAGGACACAAACCUGCCAUAGCACACAGGGACUUCAAGAGUAAAAAUGUAUUGUUGAAGAAUGACUUGACAGCAGUUCUAGCUGACUUUGGACUGGCUGUACGGUUUGAGCCUGGAAAGCCUCCAGGGGACACCCACGGACAGGUGGGAACAAGGAGGUACAUGGCUCCUGAGGUAUUAGAGGGGGCAAUCAACUUCCAGCGAGAUGCCUUCCUGAGAAUAGACAUGUAUGCAAUGGGACUAGUAUUGUGGGAGUUAAUCUCCAGGUGCACAGCAGCUGAUGGUCCAGUGGAUGAGUAUAUGCUGCCUUUUGAAGAGGAGAUAGGUCAGCAUCCAUCCCUUGAGGACCUGCAGGAAGUGGUGGUUCACAAAAAGAUGCGGCCUGCUUUCAAGGAUCACUGGCUGAAACACCCUGGUUUGGCACAGCUCUGUGUUACAAUUGAAGAAUGCUGGGACCAUGAUGCAGAGGCUCGGCUUUCGGCAGGCUGUGUCGAGGAGCGCAUUUCUCAGAUCCGUAAAUCAGUAAACAGCACUACCUCGGACUGCCUCGUUUCCAUCGUGACAUCUGUCACCAACGUGGACUUGCCACCCAAAGAGUCUAGUAUCUAAGUCCUGGUUCACUUUUGUCUUUCCAGACUCAGUGGAUUUAAAAAAAGUUUAAAAACCCAACAAACACAUGAAUGCAGCUGCUAUUUUAUCUUGACUUUUUAUUAUUAUUGUUGUUGUUGUUGUUGUUUUUUUUGGAUUGGAUCAAUUUUACCAGCACAUUGCUCUACUGUAUUAAAAAAAAAAAAAAAAGACAUCUCAGCAAGCAUUCAGGUGCCGACUAAUGAAUGCAGAAAAGGUGCAGGUACCUCAGCACCUCAACAAACUCACUUCAGUUGUGUUUUUUUUUUAUUGAGUUUUCUGGGUUUCUCUUUAUUGGUCUGUCUUCAACACAGAGCAUCUCUGACAUAAAGGAAAACCACGUACCAUCUUAGAAAACGCAAUGCUGCAAACUUUGGAGGAAACUUAAGACUGUUACAUAAGAUUACACCUUCCUCAAAAGGAUUUUCCCCAAUUUUCUUUUUUUAGACAGUGAGCUUCAAAAAGAAACAAACAGCAGAUGUGUCUUUUACGGAUCUAACGGGUGUCAUUGUAAUGGGAAAAAAACAGAAGAAACUGGGAAGAGAAUGUUAACUCUUUGGUGGUAAAAUUAAAGGGGGGUGUUUAGUAUAGGAGAAGGGGAGAGUGAUGUUGGACUUUGCAGCAUUUGGAGAAACAUCAUUUGCUAUGGAGCUACUUCUCAGGUAACCAGUUAAUGAGGGGAAGAACUUUUUUGAGGCAGAGUAUUUAUCACCGCAGCGUAUUGAGAAAGUUGGGUCAAUGGGAUAAGCAAGGUACUAGUUCUUACUUCCCCCAAUAUCUCAGGCUUGGGUGUUAAAAGAACAAAACCAAACCAUAGGUGUAUAAAUUUUUAAAACUCCAGGUGAGAAUUGGAAAAAUGUUUUUAAGCAGUGUAAUUGAGAGAGACAACAGCAUAUUCUCAGAAGCACUCUGUAAAGUACUGGAAGAUUUGAAAGCAUUUAUAUCUUGUUUUAAAUACAGUAGCAGUUCAGGGAGUAAGGCCUCAGAGCUGGAUAACUGCUUAGCCCAAGCUACCAGUGCAGAUGGUUAAAAAGAAGUGUGAUUUCUGGCUUUGUAGAAAGGCCUUUUUUUUUUAACUGGAGGGGAAAAAAUUACCUGGGCCAGUGGCAGACAGUUGCACCCAAGAAGCAUUUGAAUUGUACAGUAGCAGAAUAUAGGGAGGUAACAGAGCAGCAUUAGCAUUAACCACAGAAUCUGUUAAACCAGUUUCUUUGACUCAGCUUUCUCUUUAUCUGUGACUAAACUCUUUUGUCUUAAAGUGGUGCAUAUUCUAAAAUACCGUCACUCUAGUAUGCCAUAAACUUGCUCUAGUCAGUGAAUGUUCCUAAUGCUGCUGAUUCAACAUUUAAAUAUUUUUUUAAUUUGCAAAACAUACAAUGUUUAAAAAAC